AUGUCGUCCCGGGCUAUGAGAAAGAUUUAUGGCAGCAAUAUUGCCUCACUUCAAUCGACUGGACCAUCGGCUGAUAUCGAUGAUCAUGCACAGCUUGAAGAUGCUGGUAGCGAUGAAGAUGAUCCAUAUAAUCCACCAAGGCCUAGUGGUUUCAGUAUUUUGAUGAACGAUCAGGAUAGCAACUCAAAUAAUGAAAAUAGUGGCAAAGAGCAAGAGAAUUCAACCUCGAUGGUCGGAAAUACAGUUAAAGGCAGCAAUAAGAAGAAAAAAAAGCGUAAAAAGGCCAAUAAAGCUAAUAAUUCUAAAAAGCAGGAUGCAAAAUUAAGUGUAGAAGUAGAUGAGGUUGAAGCUGCAGUUAAAGCUGUCAACGACCAACUCGGUAUAUUGCCCGAGCUCGAAACAGUUAAGGUCGAUGAUGAUAGCUUCGGAAAGAUAGCAAUUAAAACCCAAGGCUUAUUGACUGUUGAACACAGACAUUUAAAUCCAGAUAAUGAAAUGAGACGAAAAUUUGGAACCAGUGCCGCAAAAUCCAUUAGGAAAAAAGUCCGUAACAAGAGAACAACAUAUCGCUCAACAUGGCUAACCUAUCCGAAAGAAACUUGGCCUCCAAUGAUAAAAUUAGGUUUAACUAUGUCUCUUAUUGAACAUAAAAAUGGAAUUUAUUACUUCACGUUUGAACAUCAACCGGACUAUCAAAAGAUUCAGUUUCAGUUUCUUGACGCAGUAGAUACUUAUGAUCCUAACGCAAUUGCUCAAGUAUUGAAUAUGUACCCAUACCAUAUUGAUUCACUAUUACAAUUGAGUGAAAUUUGCAAAAUUAGUGAAGAUUUUCAGAUGGCUGCUCAACUUAUAGAGAGGGCAAUGUACAGCUUUGAAAGUACUUUUCAUCCUUUAUUCAAUUUAACACAAGCGAACUGCAGGCUAGAUUAUUUGAGGCCGGAAAACAGAGCAUUUUAUACAACUCUUUUUCAACAAAUUAAAUUUGUAGGACAGAGGAGUUGUUACAGGACUGGACUAGAACUUUGUAAACUUUUACUAAGCCUUGAUUCAGACACCGAUCCGCUCUGCGUUUUGUUAAUGAUUGAUUUUUAUGCAUUGAAAUCUGAAGAAUAUCGUUACCUAGUUAGAAUUUUUAACGAAGUUGAGCACGACAAAAAUUUGUCGCAAUUGCCCAAUUUUGCCUACUCGACGUCUAUCGCCAAAUUUUAUUUAGCAGCUGAGUCUGGAUCACAUGAUGAAGCUGAUAGCCUGUUGCAGCAAGCCCUAAUGAUGUUUCCUAUGGUUUUAAUACCUUUGCUUGAUAAGUGCUCAGUUAAAUUUUCUCCUGACGUAGUCGAGAAUCCGUUUUUUAAAUCAAGUUACAGCGAGAGUGAUGGACUUCGAAUUUUAGUUAAUUUGUAUAUUGAGCGCUGCUAUUCACUAUGGAAAAUUCCUGAGGUCAUCGAUUGGUUGGCGAACAAUUGUCAGGCGGUCCUUAAACGAAUGAAUAGUAAUGAUUUAGGGUCAAAGGAGCUGUCUGAAAAGCGAGCCCAUAGAUAUCGGGGCAUACCCCGUAAUAUUUGCAGACAUGUAAUUCUUUCAGACAUUAAGAACGUUUCUGUUUCACUACCUACGGACAUAGCACAAACUUCUUGGACAAUCUUUGAUCCCGUGCCUCCUGCGGACAAUGUUACUAGUUACACCCGGCCAGCAAGAACCAGAUCAGUUGAUAAUGAAAAUGAAAGUUUGAUAUCUUUGUUCAUGCGUUCCCUAAUGCCUUCUUUCGCGUCGCAGAGAGAACAAAAUCAUCAAGGCCAGCAACAUGCUGCAGCCGCAGCGGAAGGUGCCAUCCAACAAUUACCUGCAGGGAAUGAAGAGCAUCUGCACAAUAUUUAUACUACGACACUGGAUUACUUCCGGCAGGCUGCUGCAGAACUGCGAGCUUUUGCAGCUAAUACUGCGAAUUCAGGGGGCAAUCAUGAUGAUGAAAAUGACCAAAAUGAUGGCGAAAGUGACGAAGAUGAAAUCGAGGACGAAGUUAAUGUUUUAGAUUAA